GUGAACCAGGAGGAUGGGGGGGUGGAGCCUGUGGAGGGGACCAGUGAAAUGGCUAACGGUCACCUGGAUCCGACCAACGACUGCCUGUGCCUGGGCUCGCCGCUUCAGAACCGUGACCAGAUGAGAGCCAACGUCAUCAAUGAGAUUAUGAGCACAGAGAGACACUACAUCAAACACCUCAAGGACAUCUGUGAGGGCUACCUGCGUCAGUGUAGGAAGAGGGUAGACAUGUUUAACGAUGACCAGCUGAGGGUGAUCUUUGGGAACAUCGAGGACAUCUACCGUUUCCAGAUGGGCUUCGUUAGAGACCUGGAGAAACAAUACAACAACGAGGAACCACACCUGUCUGAGAUAGGACCCUGUUUUCUAGAACAUCAAGACGGCUUCUGGAUCUACUCUGAGUACUGUAACAACCACUUGGACGCCUGCAUGGAGCUGUCCAAGCUGAUGAGAGACGGGAGGUACCAGCACUUCUUCGAGGCCUGUCGUCUGCUGCAGCAGAUGAUCGACAUCGCUAUCGACGGCUUCCUCCUCACACCCGUGCAGAAGAUCUGCAAAUACCCCCUGCAGCUGGCCGAGCUGCUCAAAUACACCGCACAGGAGCACAGUGACUAUCGCUACGUGGCGGCAGCGCUGGCGGUGAUGCGUAACGUCACUCAGCAGAUCAACGAGAGGAAGAGGAGGCUGGAGAACAUUGACAAGAUCGCCCAAUGGCAGGCCUCCGUCCUGGACUGGGAGGGUGAUGACAUCCUGGACCGGAGCUCGGAGUUGAUCUAUACAGGAGAAAUGUCUUGGAUCUACCAGCCUUAUGGACGCAGUCAGCAACGUGUCUUCUUCCUCUUUGAUCACCAGCUGGUCCUCUGUAAGAAGGACCUGAUUCGUAGGGACAUCCUGUACUAUAAGGGCCUAAUCGCGAUGACACUGUACUUCAACGUGAGCGUGAAGAACGCGUUCAAAUUGCACAACAAAGACAGCGAGGAGCUCCACAUCUUCCUGUCCAAGAAACAGGAGGAGAAGAUGCGAUGGCUCCGGGCUUUCCACGAGGAGAGGAAGAUGGUGCAGGAGGAUGAGAAAAUCGGGUUUGAGAUCUCAGAGUACCAGAAGCGUCAGGCAGCUCUGACUGUGAGGAAGGUAUCUAAGCAGAAAGGUGAGACAACACGAAGACACCAGAUGCGUGCCCCCUCCUACCCCCCUCCCCAGGACCCCCUACCCCUGGGACAGUAUGACCUAACAGAGGACUUGGCACAAGCAGAGGUUUUUGAAUUCAGUCAAUCAAAACGGGGCCAGUCUCUUUUCUGGCACGACAAUUCUACUAGAUUAACAACGUUUGAGAAAUAGAGAAACAGACUCUUUCCAAGGACCAUCUAUUUUUUUCUGAGAAACACUCAAACUAAAGUGUUUGGAAGGUUACAUCAUCGUCCUGUGAAGAAGAAUUGACACCGAAAAAAAGAACCACUGAAGGAAGGACCAAUUAUGUUUCAUUGUGAGUUGUCACCCAGGAGACUGGAGAACUAUGGAUUCUAACUUCUUCACUUCAUUCUAACUGUUCUUAGUUCUGAGUUCCAAUGCUUCUCUACUCCAUACUGAACUGUACUGUACAGGAAUCUACUACAACAUCCCUCAACCCCACCAUCGCCAUCUGAAUGUCCUGGAUUCAUGGAGAUAGCUUUUAUUUUGUUCUUUUCAGGCUCUGGCGUUUUUCCAUAUUUGAAGUAAGCAUAUUUAAUGUUCCUUUACCAGAACUAGUGAGUCCACCUACCUACAGUACAGUAAGACUGUGUGGAUGACAGGUGUUGUGUUGAUGUGUGUGUCUGUGAGGAUUAUGUUGCUGUGAUUGUGGCCUGAGGUGCACUGUAAUAAUGAGGCUGAGGUGGCAUCCUAUUUCCUACAUAGUGGGGUAGGGUGCCACUUUGACUGACAGGAGAGCUGCUGGCUGGUUCUGAUGUUUCUCAGAAGUUCUGUUGUCAGCAUCACCUGUCCCAUCAAAGUCUGGUCAGACCAUCUCUCUCUCUCUCUCUCUGUCUCUCUGUCUCUCUCUCUUUUCUCUAUCCCCUCUGUCUAUCUUUCUGAAAUAAACUACAAAAUUAACAGUAAACAAUACCUCGCAAAAGGAAUAGAGACAUUUCAUAUGUCAUAUUAUGUCUAUAUACAGUGUUGUAAUGAUGUGCAAAUAGUCUCUCUCUCUUCUCUUUACCCUGUAUCUCUCUCUC